UGUUCGCAGAUGAUCUACUUUGAUCUGGCAUAACAGUUCCAUAUCAAAUGAUCAGAGGAAAGGAAUUAAACCAUUUUUAUUUAAUACUCAGCUGACUUGAUGUCUUGGCCGACUAUAAAUAGGCACUGCAUAAAGUGUCUAUCUAUGGCAACCUUGGGAACUGGACCGAGCAGAGUGAGGUGCAUUUUAAACAGCUUGGACUUGAACGCAAUCAUUUAUUCUGUAGUCUCGCAGGACAAAAACGACUGUCCCCUUCAUUCCUCAAGACGUUUUCACACAGAACUUCUGCCGCCACCCCCUCCUCCGAGCUCUUCUCGAUUUCAGUACUCGAGUGGUUGUUUUCAUAGCAAUACCAGAGGCCCUCUUCCUCCACGCCGCUGACCUUGACAACUUUCCCUACUUCCUCUCACGAUUGGGAAGAUUUAUGAGCUGGAAUUGUUGUUCCCGAAGCAGUGUCUUCUUCCUUUAGACUGACAAAGCAGAUGUGUGCGAUCAGAAAGUUCUCCAUCCUCUUGUCUGGCUCAUGCGCAACGGCGUCUUCAGCCAAUGCCAAGACGAAUCUUACGGUAAAAUAACUUGUUGUAGGACAACAUCUUUAUUCAAAUUGUUGAAGCCAAGAAUACUCCUUAACUCAGCGUAUCAAACUACAUCCAUGAUCUAAGAUUUAUGAAAACCACAUGACAUACUCCUCACUUCACCCCUCUUGCCCCCCCUCCAUUCUGACACACAUCACCGCCGGAGCCCCACCCCCUCCUCCCACAUGCCCCGAAACACUUUCUUUCCUCCUCUUGUAUCCUCUUUUCCUCCCUCCCUGCGCUCUGCAUGGUCUCGACAGCAGUGAGUUCAGAUGUGUUCCUGCCGGGUAGUGUGAGGGAAAAGUUCAAAUGAAGGAAGAAAAGUUGAGCUAGAUAGAAUAGGAACCUAAAACGCUGAUAAAGAAUGGGCCUCCUGGCGAGUGGUUCUGCGUCCCUUCUCCUGACAUCCCUGCUUGUCUUCAUUUUCUGGAGCUUUUCUUACGUCUUGACCGAGGACCUGCAGGAGCGAGACGCCCUGUGCAACGCAGACGGUUGUCUGGUGGUGUACUUCCAGCGAAAGACCUUCUUAGAUGCUUGGAGGGCCUGCAAGGAGAAGGGUGGCAACCUGGCCACCGUUAGACGUGAGGCAGAUGCCGCCGCCGUUCAUUCUCUCUUCACAACUGUGGACUUACGCUACUCGCGCACCAAGGUCCAAGUAUGGAUCGGUCUUCAGCGUCAGCCCCGACAGUGCACCGCCACGAGACCUCUUCGGGGCUUUUCGUGGACGACGGGUGACCAGGAUACGGAGUACACCAACUGGCAGAAAGAGUACUCGCACGCCAUGUGCUCGGUGCCCCGCUGCGUGGUUAUGGGAUACAACACUCAGGAACCGAGUGAGAACUUCAAAUGGUUGGACGGGUCCUGUUCCGUACCUGUGGACGGCUAUCUGUGCCAUUACGCUUUCAAAGGAAUGUGUCCCGCCUUGUGGAACGAGGGUUCUGGUAACGUUUUCUACGCCACGCCGUUUGACCUCCUAAGCACCCUUCUGACCCACCUACCUUUGGGCUCUGUGGCGACCGUGCCCUGCGAGGAGAAACAGCAGUCAGUGAUGUGUCUCUCGAGGGAAGACGGUUCAGUCGGGUGGUCUAGAGACGGCCCCCUCUGCUCCGAUCCCCCGGAGUCGCAAGAGUGGUGUCAGCGGAAUAACGGCGGCUGCGAGCAUUUCUGCAAGCAAGCCGGCGCGCACUCGUACUGCGAGUGCGCAGAGGGGUACCGGCUCGGAGACGACGGCCAGAGCUGCGUUAAUUCUGACCUUCAGUUUGAUUGCGUGCCUCACUCAGACGGGUACGGUUGCGCCUGCCCUGAGGGUUACAUCCUGUCUCCGGAUGAACACAGAUGCGUGGAUGUAGAUGAGUGCCUGCAGAGUCCCUGUGAGCACAGUUGCUCCAACUCCCCCGGAACCUUUCAAUGUAGCUGUCGCGAGGGUUACCGCCUGGACGAGGGCAUCUGCGAGGACCUCGACGAGUGCUUGAGCGAUCCGUGCGAACACGCCUGCGAGAACACGGAAGGUUCCUUUGUUUGCCACUGCCGUUUGGGGUACUCGCCGCAAGAGGGGGACCCCACUCGGUGUCAGGACACGGACGAGUGCCAGAUCGCGGGAACCUGCGAGCAAAUGUGCUUCAACUACAUCGGCGGCUUCGAGUGCUACUGCGGAGAUGGCUACCAACCCGUCAUGGCCGAUUCGUCUUUGUGUCAGAAGAUAGGUGACGGAACCGCCGUCACCCCAGCCUAUCCUUGGCUUACCCCUCAGCCUGGGUCUGAGUGGGAUCCCGUGGAAUAUGAGUGGCCCCCGCAGCCUGGUCAGACGGCUUGGGAUCCAGUUGGGGAACAAUCUUUAGACUGGUUGACAGACCCUCCCAAAGUUUGGGGUUCGGAUGUUAUUUGGGUGACCAGUGAACCACAGGAGGACAUUUUUCAUCCUGCACCAGAGACCGUAACAGAAGAGGAAGAUACCAAUAGCCAUGCUGACACUUUUUCAACCACUGUCAAUAUCACACCAGCACCCACUACAAUUUUCAGCACCACUGUGGAAUUUUACGAAGAUGAGUACCAGGAAGAAGAACAGGAGACCACUCCUUUGCCCUUUUCUUCUACUUCUACGAUCUCAGAGGGAGCUUGGAAUUGGUGGGCGGGCUUUUCAACUCCGCACCAAAAUCAAGGAAAUCCACAGGAUAAAGCCACAGUGUCCGACAUGCUUACUGAUUCCAGAUACCACGAUUCAUCUGCGGAAGAAAAACAAGCGCCGGAGAAGGAAAAUCCGUCCCGAGAUGCUUCAACUCCACUCGAUCCCUUGCAACCUUUCACGAUCAGGAACUCUGAAGCCGGCCAAGAGGGCCGGGGGGCGAGUCAGAGUAGUACUUGGCUCCUGGUGGGCCUCUUGGUACCUAUCUGCAUCUUUGUGGUGUUAAUGGUAGUCCUAGGCAUCGUCUACUGUACCCGUUGCGCUGCACGGCCUAGAAGUAAGAGCGGCACUGACUGCUACCACUGGAUCUCUGGGGCUCACGAUAAACAGGGUGCUCCCGGCCCUUCGACGGGGGUCAAGAGCCACGUCUGAGUUGAAAAACCCGAAAACGGCCGGUUGACUUAACGGCGCGAGGCAAUUUGAGUCGCAUAAAUGCAGAACAUGAGAGACUGAAAACAAUUUGCACCCUCCCGCCAAUGAGUUCCUUUGAUACCUUUUGACAACCUGCGCUCAUGUUUUGGGCCAAAAGCUCCAUUGUAAAUUCUUCCCUCUUGUCCUGGAUCAUUUUUUUCCUUGACACAUUUGGCCGUGAAAGCCCUGUGAAAUGCAAAGGAAUGUACAGAAUGUUUACUUUAAGAGCAAUUUUCCCGGGUCGUUCAGGGGGGUCUUGUUUUGUCUUUGGGUACAGAUGUGUUAAGGUUUGAACGUUGGACGGGCGGUGCUCGAUUUCAACAUUGACUUUGGCCGUCAGUCACAUUGUAACACAAAUUGGUUAGACCCCGCCUCUGUACACUUCACCUCCGUGAGCUUGGAAUGCUUUCCGGCCCUCUUGAAUCACAUCCAGCUGUUUCAGAUUAAAGAACGUUACAAGUGGGUUUUUUUUACCGUGAUAUACAAAUGUAUUGAAAUUUGCGUACAAAUACCGUAUUUUCUGGACAAUAAGUCACUUUUUUUUUAGGCCGGUGCGACUUAUACUCAGGUACGAGUUAUAAUCAGAAAAACACGGUACUUAGGACUGCAAGAACGGUUUCGCUUUUUCACACUGAACUCAGAGCCGGCCCAGGCCAUUUGGGGGCCCUAAGCAAAAAAAUGCAAAGGGGCCCAUGUUUUUGGCCCACCAUUUCGUCACAGUGUACUGUGAAACCCACACAUGCAAUCAAACCCAUACAUCCAUAUUUUGUAUAUUAAUCAGAUUUUGUUGCACUUCAUACUUCAAACUUCUCACCCCAAAUGAUUGUCAGUAAUUACAGUAGAUAGCGCCAAACCUUUUUCUAAAAGAGAAAAAAAAAGUUAAGGAAGAACUUUAAUUUUUUUAAGCUUGUAAUCAAGUAUCAAUACUCACAAAAGUCAAAUAAAGCAAACUGCAGUAAACAAAAUUAAAUCAAACAAUUGCCAGAUUGGGGCCCCCCUAGUGGUCAGGGGCCGUAAGCAGCUGCAUAGUCUGCGUAUAGGCUGGGCCGGCCUUGACUGACCUUCUUGAUCUCUUCUUGACUGAGUGAAAAAUAAUAAAAAUGUCAAA